CUUCCUCCCUGUUAUGAGGUUGUUUUUUUCUUCUUCUCUCAGUUAGCGUCGUCACUCGCUUGGCUUAUCGCUAAAAAUGUCGACCAGUCAAUAAUUACGCGUGUCAACCCGCGAACGCGUCGUGCGUAUACGUAUACGCCCGAACGGUGGCGCAAAGCAGCAGUUGUGUUGCGGCGGUGUUCCGGUGCGCUUUCCGCGUCCGACCGGGAAAUUUAAAAUCAUCUCCCCGGACAAAAUUUGUACCAAUCAUCAAGGUGUGCUACACCCCAUAAUAAUAGCUGAAUUUUCGAACCUCCUCGCUCGGUAGCGCAAACGAUGGCAUCGGUGUGAGGUAAAGGAAGGUGUGCAAACAGCCAGUUACGCGACGAUACUUCAUCGGUGCAAAUCAUCAAAAAUCAUCAUCAUCUGCAGGCGCAUUAGCAGCGUGUCUCCUAUUGCUUUCUCGUGUACCUUACUGAGCGUGUUUGAACACAAUUGACGACCAAAAUGGGCCUGCUGGACGAGAGUGGCAUCCUGUACGUGAUAGCGGACGUGCUGUCGAUCGUCACCAUCGCGUCCUGCCUGGUGUCGAAGGUGCCGCAGAUACAAACUGUCCGCCAGCUGCAAUCCGCCAAGGGGCUGAGCGUUAAUGGGCUGCUAAUGGAGCUGUGCAGCUACACCGUCACGAUGCUGUACAACUACACGAACGGGUACGCCUUCCUUUCCUACCUGGAGUACCCGAUACUGCUGGUGCAGGAGUACGUGCUCAUCUACUACGUGCUGCAGUAUGAGUCGCUGCUCGGCAAGCGCGCCUACCAGUGGGCUGCAGUCUAUGUGGCGGUGUUUGUUGGCUUCGCUACCGCAAUCAUACCUUCCUCGCUGCUCAUGAUGCUAGUGCCAUUUACCACACCGGUCGGGGCGACGAGUAAGGUAAUGCAGCUGAUCGCCAUCCUCCGCUCGAAGGACUCCCAGUCGGUCAGCUUGAUCACGUGGGGCAUAUCGGCGUUCACGAACUCAACUCGCAUCUACACGAUCAUGCUGGAUUCGGGCGAUAAAAUGCUUCUCGCCAACUUUGGCAUCUCGACCGUGCUCAGCAGCUCGGUGCUGCUGGCCGCGUGGUACUACAAAAAACCAAAGAAGGACUAACGCUCCUACCAUCGGCGCACGACUACGCAUCCCAAUACUCUCUUCGCGCCGCGUGCAUUGCCUUGAGAGCGCUUGUUCGCUUUCUUUUACUCAAUUAACAACACCAACCAACCACCAUCGCCACCCAUUACGCUUAAACUUUAAUGCACUUUUAAGUAGAAGUAGCACAAAACAGCCUGCUAGAAAAUCGAGUUGUGCAUUCUCUUUGCACAUAUGACCGAUGUGGGACGUCGAACCUUUUGUUAAUUAAUUUUAAUUAAAAAAACAGCUUACCGAACAAAUCUUUUACCAAUCGGACCGGAACCUACGUGUAGCAAUUUACGAACAAUUAAAAAAAACGAACAAAGAAACUAAUAAAACA